UGACGUACAGGAGGAGGAGGAGAAUUUUCCCCCUUCACCCCCUCUGGACUCUGGUCAGGACCUCAGAGCAGGGGAGGCUCAGUCAGGAAAAAGGUGACGAAGAUGAAGAAGCUGGUGGUGUUUUUGCUCUGCCUGGUCCUGCUGGCCAUCUACACAGAUGCCAAUCCUAUCAUCAAGGAGAGCGUCGCUAAGCAGCUGCUCCGCACCAAGAGGCAGGAUCGACCAGUGAAGCCCGGCCACCCUGAUGAGCCAAUGAGGGAGCACCUGCUCCACAUGCAGGCUCUGGACCAGAGGGCCCAGGAGACCAACCUGGAGCACUGGCUGAACCCCCACUGCUACCCUCGCUGUGACAGGAACUAUGGAUACCCUGUCUGAUGAUGGCGAUGAUUGAGUAAAGGCCCAGGAGAGACAGAGUGGACUCAACAGUGGCAGCAAUGAAAAACUCCUUCUCUCUCCUUUUCCUAAUAUAUGACCAUGUGAAGAUAAUAAACAGUGCAUAUAAUCUCUCUGUAUCCCAGCUGUGUAGUUUAAUGUUAUCAGUAUUGAAUUGAAUUGAAAGCCUUU